UCUAAUCAUAGGACAAAUUUAGAACUGAGUGAAAUGAGUCCAUUUGAUUCAAACAACGAAGAUGAUUUGAUGAGAAUUGAAGAUUUCCAAAGCAUGGAAGAUCAUGAGGACUUCAACCCUAGUGAUGUUGAUAACGUUCAGGAUCAUCAUUCGAAAUCAGAAAAUGAAGCAGAAGAAGAACAGGAAGAAUUAACCCAAGAUUAUUCAAAUGAGUUGAACUCUUCAUCUAUCUUUAAUUUCAAUAAUUUAAAUUCAUCCUCAGGAUCAUUUUCAUCAUCUAUAAAUCACGAGAUGAUCAAUAUCGGAUUGAUUGAAGAAGUAGUAGAAGAAGAUCCUGUAUUGUUUUCAACUCCUUAUCAACCUUUUUGGAGAAGAUGGGAGAGUAUGUUUAGAACUUUAUCUUCUGGGUCUCGUUAGUUUCACUUCUUAUUCAAUUCGUCAUGCAUAUCAAUAUAUAUAUAUAUAUAUAUCAUCUUCUUUUUAGAUCUUUCAUGCUCUUGCUCAUCAUCAUAUUAUCAUCAUCAUUAUUAACACUAUUAUCAUUAUUAACAUCAUUAUCAUUAGUAUUGGUUUAAUUGUUAUCUUAUUCAAAAUGUAUCAUAUCUUCAAACGUUUUCAUUUCCAUGAUCUUCUAUGUAUCUCAUCAUAAUUUCGAUUUUUACAUUUUUACAUAUCCUAUUAUAACUUAUACUUCAAACCCUUUAAUCUUGCAUUUUGAAAAUCCAACCUUUAUAUCU